GUUUGAAAAUCUCGAGAUUUUAGGUUUUCGGGUUUUGGACGUUCAGGAUUUUGGAAUUUUUGGGCGUCGAGAUUUCGAGGGUAGAUCUGCUAUUUUUAUAAUAAAUAAUAUAGUAAUGUGGAACUUGAAAUUAACUGAAA